AUGCAUGUCUCCGGGUUUCAUGGUUAUGUGGAGGACGUUAUCAGAGAGUUUUAUGCUCAUCUUCCUAGUUUUAAGACUCAUGAAUCUGAAGUUAAAGUGUUUGUGCGAGGGUAUGAGUACACCUUUUCCGCUGUUGUGGUCAAUAGGUUCUUAAAGCUGAAACCACUCGAUGACUCUGAGGUACGUGCUGAGAUAGAAGGUGAUCAAGUCAACAAGAACGAGUUGGCUCAAUUCUUAGCGGAUGAUCCAGCAAUGACUUGUACCAAACUUGGUACUCCAGCUAUGCUUCCUCGGAUUGCUUCUUUGUACAUUGUCUGUGGACAUAAUUGGAUGCCCACGUCAAACAUGACUCCCAUGAACCAGAAGCGAACUCGGUCCAUGUAUAAGUUGGCAAAGGCAAUCCGAACUGAUUUUGGUGAGGAUGUGUUUAAUCAGGUGCUGGAGGUUGGUAGGAAUGCUGGAACCUUCAACUUGAUGUUUCCAUCCUUAAUUUAUGGGAUUAUGACAACCCAACACAUUGUUGAGUUGCGUGAUGGAGAAGCAUGCAAUGGUGAUACAACUUAUACUAGGAACAACAAAAGUGGUCUGAGAUAUCUUCAGAAAAAAGAAGGUUUGUGGGCGUAUGGGUCUACUGUUGCUCAUCUCAUUCAUUCACUUUUAUAA